UAAGAGAAAAUACGAGCUGUUCCAGACUAUGUGGAACGAGUACGGAAUGCCUCCGCAAGACAUCUGCCCAGAAGAGGACGGUGGAAUGAGACCUCACUACAACAUACGUGAUGAGGAGGUGUGUCUAGAUAUUGACAGCGAUGAGCGUUUAGAUCAGAGGAACAUGUUCACCGACCCUCAUAAGCACAAACGACAACAAAGCAGUCAACAAAGCAGAAGACCUCACAAAGACAGAGCCCUCUCCCCCUCCUCCCGGUCUGAACGAGGAUUCUCACCUGCAGUCCGGAGUAAACCACAGUACAGCAGCAUGCCACACCGCCACAAGGCUAAGAAACAUAGCAGGGAUCAUGAUCGCAGCUUCUCACCCAGAGGAUCAGAAGAUCAUGGCAAACUAACAAUAGGGAAGCGAAAGGGAGAAAAACUACAAAAAACUCUAGAUCACAGGAAUCACGAGCGAGACCUACCACGGAAAUGGAAAGAAGAAGACAAAAAUGGAAACACAGAGGAUUCCUCAAGUACCAGCUCUCUUCAAGAAUCUGACCCCAUUAAGAACACCAGUGUGUACGAGAAUGAGAGUGUGAAAUUAGUCCGUGAACCUCUGUCAGACUCUAACAAGCAUGAUAAAGAGAGUGAUAAGAGUGAUAUGAGAUGUCCGGAGGUGGACAUGUCCGGGAUUGUGAGAAGUGAUAAUGACUGUAGUGACCUAGCUGUUGUUUAACUCUAGAGGGAGUGAGAAAAAGAAUAUUAGAUGAUUUGGGAAGACCUCUUGAGUUGGAAGAUAUUGUACCGGAAGAUACCCCAGUACCAGAAACACCUAUCUUGUCCCGUCAAAAAAGAAAGGAUCAAUGAUAUUAUUAUUUUUUUACUCUGCUUCGUUUAACUUUAAUUAAAACCGAAACAAUUAACUUAAUUUACCCGAGCCAAUUAAUUGCAGAUAUUAUAAAGCCGAGAAAAACUUUUGCAAAACUCCGUUUAUUUUAUUUGAGUACAGUGAUCUUUAUUGUUUUUGAUUAUGUUUGACUGGUUUUUAUGACGGUUUUACUUUUGUAAUAAUGAUGUUUGUUACUAAAUCUUAAAACAAGUAAGCUGACUAGUGAAUGCAUUUUAAGCUAAUUCUGUAUAGUAAACGAUUUGCAUUUUCAUGCUAGG